UUCUUAGUUUUGGAUAUCUAAAUUUAAUUUUUUUAAUUUUUCUACAUUUCUGUAAAUGGUUAAAAUGGCUCCUAAACAUGAGAAGAAACCGAAAAAAGAAACAUCAGUGUGUCAGACCUCCAAAUGCGAUAUGACCCAGGACGCAGAAUGCGCCGCGAGCUGCCCGGGCGGUGUCAGCAUAGCCUCAGGGCGAGGAGUCUACCCGGGUGGAGGAAAGCCGACUGAUCGGCAACGUCGCAACAUGGAGCGGGUUGAAAUGCUUGCGCGACCCAACACGAGGCGGCUGCGGAGUCUCUGGGAUGAGAAGUGCGCCAUACUGCCGCCUGAUCGUCGUGACAAGAUCAAAAGCGCGCUGGAGGAGGACUAUUUUCUUAGUCCCGAGCAAACGGAGCAAUACUUUCAAGCCUUGAACCAGCAUACGGGCAAGUUCCACGUCCCGGGCGCCGGCACAGUCAGUCGCAAGGAACAAGCGGAUAUGGCCAAGGAAUUGCGGCAGCGGCAGAAGUGGCUUGUCAACUUUAGUGCACAGGUGGCGUAUCGUAUUUGCGACUACAUCGCGAAGGGCCAGAAAGAGAUGCUCGUGUCCAACAGGCUACGGAGCAUCGCUGAUGUGGUGUUAGAGAGAGUGGCGGAUAUACUGGGUGAGCCCAAACCCACCCGAACACACCCUGGCCGCCUGGCGCGCUUUAUGGUAGCCAUCUCCGACCGCAUCGCCGUCUGGAUCGAAAACGCCGUCUAUCGCGCCGACGCGAUUGAGCCGCCCGAGGAACCCCAGCACGAGCAUAUGCGACUGGACCAAGAGCGCCCGCUUAUAUGUUAAAUCGGUAAGAACUAGAGGCACGCUAAA